AUGUCCCGCCUCGACGCCGCCUCACUCCUCUCCCGCUCGCCUCCGCCGACCAAACCACAUCGCCGGAGGCGCCUCCUCUCCUCCAUGCUCGCCAUCGGUGGCGGCGCCGUCGCUAUCUUCCUCUUCGUCCUCCUCUGUUCCCCGUCGAACCCGUCCACCAACUACGCCUCCCUCCUCCUCUCCCUCGGCUCCAACGACACCGCCGCCACCCACCUCCGCGCCCUCACCCUCCACCCGCACGUCGCGGGCACCAAGGCCAACUCCCUCACCGCCGCCUACGUCCUCAAUGCGCUCUCCUCCCUCUCCUUCCCCGCGCACAUCACGCCCUACUCCGUCCUCCUCUCCUACCCCGUCCACCGCUCCCUCUCCCUCUCCGCGCCGGGCCGCGCCACCAAGUCCUUCUCCCUCUCGCAGGACACCUACCCCAACGACCCCUACGCGGCCGCCGCGGCGGAGGCCAUUCCCACCUUCUUCGCCUACUCCGCCUCCGGGUCCGUGUCCGCGGAGGCCGUGUACGCCAACUACGGCCGCGAGGAGGACUUCGCCUACCUCGCCUCCGCGGGCGUCGACGUCGCGGGCAAGGUGGCGCUCGCGCGGUACGGCAGGAUCCACUGCGAGGACAUCGUGCACAACGCGCGCGCGGCGGGCGCCGCGGCCGCCCUCGUGUACACCGACCCGCUCGAGUACGGCGGCCCGCCCGGCGAGGGGUCGUUCCCCGACACGCGCUGGCUGCCGCCCACCGGCGUGCAGGUGGGGAGCCUGUUCCGCGGCGUGGGUGACCCGACGACGCCGAUGUGGGCAUCCUCCGAGGGGUGCGAGCGCGUCAACAUGGAGGACGCCAUGGCCACGGACGACAUGCCGGGCAUCCCGGCGCUCCCGGUGUCGGCGCAGGACGCGGCGGAAAUCCAGAGCGUUCUGGGGGGAGCCGUGGCGCCGGCGGACUGGCAGGGCCGGGACGGCAGCCCCGUGUACCGCCUUGGCCCGGGGCCGGCCGUUCUGAACCUCACCUAUCAAGGAAAUGAUACGAUGGCGACGAUUGAGAAUGUCUUCGCGGUGAUCGAAGGCGCACAAGAGCCGGACAGGUAUGUUAUCCUAGGUAACCAUCGUGAUGCCUGGACGUUUGGAGCAGCUGAUCCCAAUAGUGGAACAGCAGCUAUGAUCGAGUUAGCUCAAAGAUUCUCAGUGCUGCAAAAGCAAGGAUGGAGACCUCGAAGGACCAUCAUUUUCUGUAGCUGGGAUGCGGAAGAGUACGGAUUGACAGGAUCCACUGAAUGGGUUGAGGAAAACAGAGAGAUGCUCUCUACCAGAGCUGUUGCAUACCUAAAUGUAGACGUUUCAGUAGUUGGUCAGGGGUUACUCCCGUCUACAACUCCCCAACUUGAUGAGCUCCUCCUGGAAACAAUUAAAUUGGUUCAAGAUCCUGACAAUUCUUCUCAGACGGUGUAUGAUGCAUGGGUCAAAUCCAGUGUUUCUCCCACGAUUGGGCGACUAGGCAACGGAGGAUCAGAUUAUGCAGCAUUCGUCCAACAUAUUGGUAUUCCAUCAACCAACAUGGCGUUUGGAGAAGGGCCAGGAUAUCCGGUUUACCACUCUCUAUACGAUGACUUCGUGUGGAUGGAGAAGUUUGCAGAUCCUGGGUUCCGUAGGCAUGUUGCAGCUGCUAGCAUCUGGGGAAUUAUGGCUUUGAGACUUGCCGAUGAAGAUGUCAUACCCUUCAAUUACAUGUCCUACACAACCGAGCUUGAGGCAUACACAAAGGUAGUAGAGAAGGCGGUCAAGGGGACGCCUGUCAGUUGUUCCCCUUUGUACAACUCAAUCAAAGCUCUGGAAAGAGCAGCUACCAAAGUAGACAGUGAGCGAAAGGAUAUUCAGAGGGAACUGUCAAGCAAGCAGCUUAGCAAGGAUUCGAUCAAGAUCCGAGGACUCAACGACCGACUUAUGCAGGCGGAGCGAGCCUUCACUAACAGGGAAGGUAUCUUCAAGCAAGAAUGGUACAAACAUCUGAUAUAUGGACCUUCAGAACAGAACGACUGGGAUACCGCAUCGUAUCCUGGUAUAGCCGACGCCAUAGCCACCGCGAGGAGCACCAACACUUCAACAUCCUGGAAGCUCGUGCAGCACGAGAUUCACAGAGUAGCCAGGGCCGUGACACAAGCAUCUGUUGUGCUCAGUGGAAGCCUCACAUGACAGCGUUGCAGUCCGUU